AUGAUCAGGCUACAGUCUUCAAUGAGUAACCAUAUUCCUCAGUUCUGUGGUGUUCUUGGUCACACAUUUAUGGAGUUUCUGAAGGGCAGUGGAGACUACUGCCAGGCACAGCACGACCUCUAUGCAGACAAGUGAACUGUAGAAAUUCAUUACUACUCCACCAAGAAGCCCCCCUAAGAGUGGUUGACCAGGAUAAGUA